UAUGAAGAAGGAAGGGAAAGCAUUCCUGAGCAUCCGUAUUUUUUUGAGACUGAUGUAGAGAUCUGUUUGAUUGUUGGUACUUGCAAAAGUCCCGUUGAAAGAUUUUGGACUGGAAACGAUAUGCUAUAUGUCCUACAGAAAGCACAACACAAUGAAGAAUGUGACUCAGUGGAAGACUCAAAAUCAGAUGAUGCUAUUUAUGCCUCCGAGCUUUUACCAAAAGAGAGUUCUGGACCAGCGGCUCUUCCUGUCAGAAGAGCAAAGCAGUUGAUUUCCUUAUAUACAAUGGUACAAAAUCCAAACAUGACCCACUUGAAGCUAAGUGAACUGGUUGUGCUUCCUCCCCUUUGGAUAAGGUGUGAUGGUUCCGAUCCUGAACAUACUUGUUGGCUUGGAGCUGAGCCUCUCAGAGCUGGAAACAAAAUCACAGGGAUGAACUUCUAUAUGGUCACGUGUGACGGUCCUACAGCUGACAAAACCUGCUUUGCAAACCUGGAAGAGCUCAAAAUGGCACAUAAAAUCAAACAUCGUUCAUCUCUUGUGAUGACAAAAGGAUUUGCUCAGUAUGAACUUAUCAGAGCUGCUGCAAUAGAGGACACAAUUGUAGAAUCUGAAAGCAAUAUAUUUGUCGAUAUUACAUGGAAUACUGUGGAUAAGAUUCUGGAGACACCCCCACUAAUUUCAGCUGCCACCCUGAACAUAACACUGGAGUCUGGGGACCCCAGAAGUCCUGUGUAUCAGCUGUACAGAGAACUGCAGUUCCUCCUUGCUUUGGCUGAAGGUUUGAAGACGGGUGUCACCGAGUGGCCUGAGCCCGUGGAGUCUGAAUCAGCUGUUGAACUGGUCCAGGGAUUUCUGACUGAUUUAAAGAAGAAACUGGAUGGAUAUUAUAUGUCUGCAAACAAUGAUGAAACAGAGAAAAUCAAAUGUGACACGGCUGCAGUGGACAGCACAAUGAAAUCAAUCUUCAGUGAGCGAGGAGACCUGGAUUUUACUGAACAAUUAUGGUGCAAAAUGAGGAGUGUCAGUUCCUAUCAGGAGUUGAUAGAGUGUUUCACACUGGUCAUAAAAUCCUUGGAACACGGUGAGAUACAGCCAUGGAUUCAUCAAGGGAGUAGCAGUUUGCUAAGUAAACUGAUUCAGCAGUCUUACCAUGGGAAGGUAGAGGUCGUUCCCCUCGCUGGCAUCACUCCAGUUCAAAUGCUCUUGGAGAUUGGUUUGGAUAAGAUGAAGAAGGAUUAUGUCAGUUUUUUCAUAGGCCAGGAGCUCGCAACAUUAACCUACCUGGAUUACUUCAUUUCCACAUCAGUAGAUCUGCAAGAACAAGUUCGUCGUGUUCAAAAGCUUCACCACAUGCUGGAAAUAAUGGUCAGCUGUAUGGUCUUACUUCAGUUUAAGCAUGAGAACCUCUUCCCUCUGACACAAAUUUGCAUGAAGUAUUACAAGGAAAACCCUGUAAAUGAGAAGCAUGUGUUUCAACUGCCCAUCCGACCUGCACUUGUCAAGAAAUUCUAUCAAAAUGACCACCCAGAAAUAUGGAAGGUGGACAUAAGCAGUGGGCAUGGACAGAAGGAGGUUAAAACAACGUGGCAAGUUAGCACUAGUCCUCCCGCUGAGCACCUGGCUUCAGCCAAUGCAGGUCUCUUUUCUGAUUCCACGGUUAACGGAAGCACUGAAGAAAGAAGCUACUUUAUCACAGUGGCUCAGUGCAGUCAGGUGCAUUUCACAUAA